CCAACCCACCGUUCACUUCAUCAAGCUGCACCACGAAAUCGCGGAGAUGGAUAACAUCGAGGCCCCGGCGUUGCUGGCGUACCGCGACGGGGAUGUCUUCGCCACGAUUGUCGAGAUCAUGCGCCAGAUUCCCAAGGGGCGGAGUCUGAGUGCCGACAGUCUGGAGGACUUGUUGAAGAUGUACGUUGUCUUCCCGCCUUACCCAUCUCCGAGAAUAUUCGAUACUAAUCACAAUCAACAUGGACAGGCACCGCAUCCUCUAAAGCAACACCACUAAUCUCAAUCUGACGAUCAAUCCCGAUCCACGUUCACG